AUUAGACUUGCGGCGGGGACUUGCAGUCUUCAAUAGAAAACAAGGAAAAGAAGCACGCAAUUUUUCGCUUUAUUAUUAUCUUCAAAGGCUUCCUUCCCCACAAGGCCACAACCGACGCCUCCUUCCAUACGGCGGAGCCGGGACCGAAUUCUACGCCUGCGCACCAGAUCCGCCGCCGCAGAUCAAAGAUGAUGCACAUGACCUUCUACUGGGGCACUAGGGUAACCCUCCUUUUCGACUUCUGGAAAACCGAUUCCGCCACCAGCUACGCCCUCUCCUUGAUCGCCUGCCUCGUCGCCGCCGUCUUCUACCAGUACAUGGAGGACCGCCGCCAGCGCUUCAAGCUCGUCUCCUCCCUCGCCGCCAAGAAGGCCUCCGAUCAUCCGAGUCCGAUCGACGCGCCGCUCCUCCACUCCGUCUCCGCGGCGAGUCGCCGAUUGAAUCCGGCGAGAUUCGCCGGCGCUGUUCUGUUCGCGAUCAGCUCCGCGAUCGGGUACUUGCUGAUGCUGGCGAUCAUGUCGUUCAACGGCGGCGUAUUCAUCGCCGUCGUAUCUGGACUCGCCGUCGGGUACCUGAUCUUCCGCGGAGGCGGCGAGGAGGACGUCCUGGUGGUGGAUAAUCCCUGCGCCUGUGCUUGAUUCCCGAUUUCAGCAAUUAUUUUCCUUUUUUACCAGAAAAUCCGUGUUGUUUGAAUUCCCGACGAACUAUUGAUCUGUAUCAUAUAUGUAUAUACAAAUUUGUGUUAACGAAAUGAAUUUCCUGAUCCAUGAAUAAAUCCCCCCCAUAGCUUAUGAAAUCUAGAUGAAGAAACUGAUAAAACCAGAGAUUCUGUUUGGAGGCUGCGUUGAAGUUCAUGAAGACGACGAGAUCCAUUCUAGUUUUCCUUUUCUCACUUCCCAACAAAAAUUUUAUUUUCUUUUUAAGGCUCUGUUCUGAUAAUAGAAAAAGAAUUGGAUCUUGGAAGAAAUUUGUACCGUUUUA